AUGGCACCAUCGGAGAAUGACAGCCAUAGCUCGACGCCGCGGUCUUUUACCGGCCAGACGGCCUCGGCCGAGGAAAUGCUGAAGUCGCAGACUGUUGGUCUGGUCCAUCUUUCCGAUUUUCGCAAACGUCGCGCCGAGGUGCUGGAGCAGAAGGAAAGAGAGGCACACGAUAAAUCGCUGGGGAGGUUUGCAUCCAGUGACUCGAGAGGCGCAACACCGUCGGCAAGCGAUGCGACUGACGGGUGA